AUGAAGUGCGCUAUUUUCAUAUUCGCGGUGAUAAGCUGCCUAGUAAUGUGCAGUGUGGAGUCAGUUCCAGCACCUCUGCCACAACCCUUGGGUUUCUGGGACCUGUUCGGAUAUGGAGGAGGUUCCUCAACGUCUAGUCGAAGACAAGCAAGGAGAUACAAUUCAGAAGGAGGGGGGCAGAGAUACAAGGAGAUAUGCAGAGUGCAUCAGAGUGAUGCUUAUACUUAUCCUGGGAGCGUCGGUAGUGUCAUUUGUCCUUAUUAG